AUGUGCUCCCGGCAGGAGAAGGACCAGUGCCACUCAUACACCCGCCAGAGCAGCUCUGGGGGCUGCCACAGCUCUGGAGGUGGUGGCUGUCACAGCUCUGGGGGCAGCUCUGGGGGCUGCCACAGCUCUGGGGGCAGCUCUGGGGGCUGUCACAGCUCUGGGGGUGGCUCUGGGGGCUGUCACAGCUCCAGGAGCAGCUCUGGGGGCUGUCACAGCUCCGGGGGUGGUGGUGGCUGUCACAGCUCUGGUGGCUCCAGCUGCCACGGGAAGCCCCAGGUGCAGGUCCAGCAGGUCCAGCAGCAGCAGAUACCCCAGAUGCCCCAGCAGAAGAUGAACUGA